AUUAAAUUAACAGUCUAUUAACUACACUACAAUGGAUCUUGGAAGGUUUCUCAUUGAAUACCAAAAACGCAACCCUGUCACAUUGGAUGACACGGAAUGUUUGCCUGGGGACAUGGAGUACUACAAUGACAGUAGUGAAAAUACAAGCAUAUCAGCUGGUUCCAAAAAUAAUUCAGAAUUGCCAUACACGGGCCAAAUGUUUUCCACUUUACAAACUGAAAUGGACACCACCGAUUUAAAGUCUAGAUUUAAUUCCAAUUUCGAUUGGCUAGGUAUGAAAUCAAAUGAACUGCAGACCACAGGGAUGUAUAAUAGCCCAUCAGACUGGUUUCCACAGCAGUAUAAAUACACAAAUGACUUCCCACUGGAUAUAUAUUCCCCUUUUCCAUUUCACAAUGGUGUUCAUAAGGACAAUGCAUGGGAUCACUGCAGUCAUCAGGAACCUUUGAUAUCUCCUAGUAAGGCACCGAUAUACAAGUUCCCCUUAGCAUCUAGGUUGACAUCAAAUUCGUUGUUUAAAAUAGCUCUUAACCAUACAGUUGCUGGACUCUAUAUUGGCAAACACGGUACGAAUCUAAAGCGUUUACAGUCUACUCUUAACUUCGGGUUAACUCAAUCCGGCAGGGGCAGCCGUGGCGAUUUUACCGGUGUUGGGUACCCAUGUCAUCGUACGAACACUGCUCUGUUAUUCGAGGGCACUCUUGUUGACAUACUAAUGGCUCUUAGGCCUCUGUACAGGAUUAUCCAAAACGAGGUGCUCACUUUAGACAAGGAAUCACAGCGAAUAGUAUCCGGGAGGGUGCUCAACGUCAAGUUUGAGCUGGAUGUUAUCAUACCACUGGACCGUAAGAAACUUCUAAUGCAGGAGGAAGGCGUCCGGUGCAACCGCUUACGCCAACUAUCCGGGGUUGGUAUAAUUGCCGGUAAGCAGAACUACGAAUGGGGGAACAUAAAGGAGACUAUAGUGACGCUAUAUGGAUUCGCCGAGAACGUAGAGAAAGCUUGCGAGUGGUUGGGUGUAUUCAUACAGGAAUCCCCUGCUGUUCUAUCGCGUGAUUUCGCCUUCAUUGAUUAUCCCAAGUACACUUUAGCCGUACCGGAAAACGCAUUUUCGUGAUAAUAAUGAACCCAGCGUUAAUGAAUCACUUGUAUGGA